AUGUCCGCCGCCAUCAUGAGUGCCGAGAAGAACGACUCGAGUUCCUUACAAUCCCCAACUUCAGCAGAUUCAAGUACGAAAAAGCGCAACUCUUCAGCUGCUGGGAUUGAUAAAGAUGGGAACCCUAAGCCCGUCAAGAGGAGAGCGGCAAAAGCAUGCGCCGCUUGUAGAGCAAGAAAGGUUCGUUGCGAUGUGAUGCAAAGAUACCACAUUACAGCGGACGGUGAGGUCACGUGUUCUAAUUGUACUAUGGAUGGCAUCAAAUGUGUGAUAGAGGAGAGCAAACGCAGAAAAAAGCAUUUGAAUGGAGAGCCAGCCGACCCAACUCCAGCGCCCAAGUCCGCCACAAAUGGAGCUACGCAAGCCUGGACAAAUGGAAUUGUUAACCCUUCAGAUAUCGUAAAUGCGGAUAGAAGAUGGAGCGGGUCACAAAUGUCUAGUGAUCAAGGAGAUAAUGGACAUGUGCCCCAUUCAAUCUACCAAAACAUGACCCAGCAGAUUGACCAAGGAGACAUGAUGCGAAGAGCUAGCUAUAUACCCAUACCUUCUCCUUACGCAGUGGAAAAUAACGUGACAUACGACUCGCUCCUCAAAUCUGUUUCUAUGAGUGGUGACCGAACCACAACCAGGCUCGAAUCGCCCGCCCAUCCUCCUGUUACUCCUGCUACGCCUGUUACAUUGUCGAAGCACCAGCUGCCUGGUUACCUAAAACCACUACCGCAGCGAAUAGCCUCUGUGGACGUCGAUUACCUGGUUGCGAAGGGCGCAUUAUCUCUCCCCGAAACGCCUGUCCGAAAUGCACUCCUCCAAGCCUACAUCGAGUAUGUACAUCCGUAUAUGCCAUUAGUCGACGCCCACGAAGUUCUGCAUAUCAUCGAUGAGGGGACUGGACAGUCUGGCGAACUAAGCCUGCUGCUUUUCCAAGCAAUCAUGUUUGCCGGCACGGCAUUUGUGGACGUGGAGAUGCUGAGGAAAGCGGGCUUCUCAACUCGAAAAGCUGCGAGGAAGGCAUUCUUUCUGAAAGCUAGGGUGCUCUACGAUUUCGAUUACGAACUAGAUCGCCUUGCUCUCGUACAAUCACUCCUUCUCAUGACAUAUUGGUACGAGACACCAGACGAUCAGAAAGACACAUGGCAUUGGAUGGGCGUAGCGAUCUCACUCGCACACACAAUUGGACUACACAGAAACCCAGAUAAAUCAAAUAUGGAACCAAAGCAAAAGAAAUUAUGGAAACGGAUAUGGUGGUCCUGCUUCAUGCGUGAUCGACUCGUGGCAUUGGGAAUGAGACGACCGACGCGCGUAAAAGACGAAGAUUACGAUGUCCCUAUGUUGACAGCGGACGAUUUCGACGUCACUCCCCUUCCAAUAAGCAACUCUAUAAUCCCACCGGAGAACACUCUAGCCAGAGACGUGGAAGCGCAAAAACAAUUAGCAGAAAUGUGCAUAGCCAAGGCCAAGCUAUGUCUAUGUAUCAGCCAUGUCCUGAGCGCACAAUACUCAGUCCUCAUCAAAGACCAAGGAAUGCAAGGCCAGGAAGGAAAUACCCGCUCCAGCGUGAUGCUGUUCCCCAAGAAAUUGGACCAGACAGACGAAGUCAGACGCUGCGAUACAGAGCUGAGCGAGUGGAUUAACACGCUGCCUGAAUCGUGCGUAUAUUCGAACGAGGUGACAAUGGGUAGCAGCGGGCCAUCUAUGUUCGUGCAGAGAUCAUUACUGCACAUGAUUUACUUUACCACUCUUUCUGCGCUCCACAGACCACAAGUCUUGCCUUCAGGAGGCCUGCCAGAUUCAAGUCGAGAACUCCAGGAUCUCUCACGGAAGAAGGUUCGUGAAGCUUCGCGGGAAAUCACUCGGAUAGCGCAAGCGCUACACACUCGCGGGCUUGAGAAGUACUUGCCGACGACCGGUGUCACAGUCUUGCUUCCCGCCAUCAUCAUCCACCUCUUAGACAUCAAAUCCUCCAACGACGAAGCUCGCCAACAAGCCAUGGACGGCUUCUGCCAAUGCAUGGUGGUGCUAGAAAAACUACGCGACACCUACGCCUCGGCUGACUUUGCAACACAGUUCCUCGAAGCAGCUAUCAAACGUGCCGACAUUGACGUGGUGAUGUCCAGCUCAAGGGAGCGCAUGAGAGCCGAGGAUGUAUUGAGCAGCGGCAAGGUCAAGGAACUGCUACAGCAAAAACGCGUGGUUGAUCGACGAACGCCACCUCUUACCGACGACAUGAUGCCCGAUUUCAACGGUAGCGGCAUGGUAGACAUCGGCAUCAAAAUCCAUAAAACGCACGACAUCUCCGUCCAUACCCCACCGGAUAGCGACGGCAGUUUAGACCAGGAACAGGAACAGCAACAUCAACAUCAACACUUCAACCAUUUCCCCGCUGCUGGAGACCUAUUCCACAAUAACGAGUUGGAUCUCAAUGACUUCCUGACCUUUGAGCCCGGCAACGAGAUGUGGAAUGUGCCGCUGGAGGAGGGCGCGCAUGGGGAGAGCGGCGGCUUUAUGGGCGAUAUGGAGUGGGUAGGUGAGCAGGCUAGUGCGGGCUGGAGUAGGUUUGGUACUCCCCAGGCAGAGCCUGGCGGUGGCAUGUUUCGUGUGGAGAGAGGAGCUGAGGUAGAUGUUGCAGUGUGA